AUGGAUUUUUCCAAAUUCCUGGACGAUGAAUUCGACGUGAAGGACUGGGUGAACGGCGCCUUCACGGUGGUGCAGAAGGACGCGCCGGGGAAGGCGGACUCGCACGCAGCCACGCUGGUGAUGAAGCUCCAGCUGUUCAUCCAGGAAGUCAACAAUUCCAUCGAGGAGAGCAGUAAUCAGGCCCUCCAAAAUAUGCCCCGAGUGCUCCGAGACGUGGAGGCUUUGAAACAGGAGGCCUCUUUCCUCAAGGAGCAAAUGGUUCUGGUCAAAGAGGACAUCAAGAAGUUUGAGCAGGACACCGUACAGUCUAUGCAGGUCCUGGUGGAGAUCGAUCAAGUGAAGAGCCGCAUGCAGCUGGCAGCUGAAGCUCUGCAGGAGGCGGACAAAUGGAGCACACUGAGUGCAGACAUCGAGGAGACCUUCAAAACACAGGACUUUGCAGUAAUUUCCUCCAAGCUGACCAGCAUGCAGACCAGCCUGGCCAUGUUGGUGGACACACCGGACUACUCCGAGAAGUGUGUCCACCUGGAGGCUCUGAAAAACCGACUGGAGGCGCUGGCCAGCCCGCAAAUAGUAGCAACCUUUAAUUCCAUGUCUAUGGACCAAGCCAAGCUGUUUGUUAAGGUCUUCACAGAGAUCGAUAGGAUGCCACAGCUCCUUGCUUACUACUAUAAGUGUCACAAGGGCCAGUUGGUGAGCAUGUGGCAGGACCUCUCUCAGAGUGAGCUCAGUCUCAAUCAGCAGCUCUCCGAGUUCUACGACACGCUGCUCUCCUCGUGGCACUCUCAACUCCAGUGGAGCAGCCAGGUGUUCAAGAACCCGUAUGAGGUGGUGACAGUGUUGCUGAUCCAGACCCUGGGGGCCAUGGUCCCCUCCAUCCCCGUGUGCCUGAGCUCGGCCGUGGAGCGGGCCGCCCAAGAGCAGCGCCUGGACACGCUGCUCGAGCUGCAUCAGACCACGUCCGCCUUCGGACAGAGCCUGGAGGGCGCCAUGUCGCCGCACCUGGGUGAGAACACCCUGCUGAAGGUGAAUGAGCUGGUGUGUGCGCUCUAUGACCCCUAUAAACCGUAUCAACUACUGUACGGAGAUCUGGAGGAAAGGCACCUCCUCAUCCAGAUCAGUGCUGUGCCUUUGGAACACGGGGAAGUUAUUGACUGUGUGGAAGAGUUGAGCCACUCGGUGGGCAAGUUGUUUGGGCUGGCCGGCGCUGCUGUGGACCGCUGCGUCAAACUGACUGACGGACUGGCCGUGUGCGGCCUCCUCAAAGCCCUCAAAGCUCUUUUCACCAAGUACGUGUCGGACUUCUCCACAACACUGCAGUCCAUCAGAAAGAAGUGUAAACUGGAGGAGACGCCGAGUGCGUCGGCCUUCCAGGAGGACUGGACGGCCUUCCAGAACUCUGUCAGGAUUAUUGCCACUUGUGGGGAGCUGCUCAGACAAUGUGGAGCCUUUGAGCAGCAGCUGUCAAACAAGAUCCUGGGCACGGCCGGUAAGUACUUGUCAGAGUCGUACAGCCCGCGCAGCCUCGCAGGCAUCCAGGAAGCCAGCGCUACGGAGAGGAAGAGCACCACCAGGAACCCCUGGCAGGAGUACAACUACCUUCAGAGGGGAAAUAUGACCGAAUACAACAGCCUGAUGGAGGUCCUCUACUCCCUGAAGGAGAAAGGCACAGGUAACUCCAGCCUGUUAACGGAGCCCAGAGCAGCGCUGACCAGACUCAAUCAGCAGGCCAACCAGCUGGCCUUCGACUCCGUCUUCCUGCAAAUCAAGCACCAGCUCUGCCUCGUCUCCAAGAUGGAGAGGCGGGAGGCACCUGGUUUUGGAGAGAGCUACACGGACGACCUGCCUACCUUCAGCCUGUCGCCGCAGGAAUACAUCACAAACAUAGGGCAGUACCUCAUGUCUCUGCCUCUCCACUUGGAGCCAUUUGUGACUCAGGAGGACCCGGCACUGGAGAUGGCCCUCCACGCGGGGAAGCUGCCUUUCCCCCCAGAGCAAGGCGAUGACCUCCCCGAACUGGACAACACUGCGGACUAUUGGCUGGGCUCCAUCGCUCGGGCCACCAUGCAGACGUACUGUGACGCCAUCCUGCUCAUCCCCCAACUGAGCGCCCGCUCCACCAAACAGCUGGCCACGGAUAUCGACUACCUGAGCAAUGUGAUGGACGCUCUGGGCCUGCAGCCGUCCCGCGGCCUGCAGCACAUCGCCGCCCUGCUCCGGGCCAAACCAGAAGACUACCGGCAGACCGCAAAGCUGCUGCCUCGCCGGCUGGUCGCCACCAUCGCCGCUGUCCGCGGCAUCGACUACUAAGGCCGGGGGGGGGGGGGGGGAGGAUGGAUGCUGGAUGCUGGAUGCUGGGGGCCCCCGCGGCGGCACCGGGGAGUCGCAGGCAUGGUUGGAAGCGAAGAUGUUUUCAAUAGCAGCGGGUAUACGUGUUCUGCGGUCCCUUUAGGGUAGACUUUUCCAAACAAGUAUGGCAUUUAUGGUAAUGUUAAUAGUGUGGAAUCAGUGUGGCUCUGACUUUUUAUUUUUUUUAUACUGAUUAUUGUUCAACUUGGGGUGACUGAAUGAUCAAUGCGAUGAAGUUGAGCGUAAAUGGGAAAAUGUCUUCACAUCUUUCAUUUUUUUUUCUUUUUACUUGUGGAAGCAUCUAAGGCACUAAGUUGAAUAUAUGGGGGUGUGUGUGAGAGCAGUUUAAUCUAUGACUGAUAUGGUAGUUUAUUAUUUGUUCUACUAAUAUAAUCCAUCUGACAUUAAAUUAUAUUACGGUAAUAUUUCUGAUCUGAGCUGUCUGGUUUUCUGUUUACUGAGAUUCACAUUCAGCAGUUCAGCUUUCUCUCAUAUUCAGUAUCCUCAAAGUCUGUGCAUACAACAUUUACAUCAAACUUCAUCAAAUGAUUUUAGAACCUGUAUUUUUAAUCUGUUUAGUUUAAUAAAUGAAUGUUCUUCUGUUAACUCUG